AUGUCGGACAUACAAAAUAUAAAGAUCAUAUCUACUGAGACUGUUGAAUUACCAAAAUCACAUAUCGUGUAUGUGAUACAAAUAUCAACUCCAACUAGAACAUGGACUGUUCAAAGGCGUUAUUCAGACUUCCUGGAUCUACAUACAGAAUUGAAAUCGUCAGUGGGGAAAGAACCUCCCGGGAAAUUACCUGGAAAAACUUGGAACUGGAGAGGAUUGGGUGAUGAUAAGCUAAUACGCGAAAGACGUAUAUUACUCGAACAAUACCUUUCACUCCUUUUAACAUCAAAAGACUCAUCGUUUCGAUCCUCAUAUGGAUUUAAAGAUUUCUUAUCUAUCCCUUCAGUCACUCAACAGCCCACGACAUUCACAUCUUCAUCGUGGUUAUUAGAACAUACAUCCCUUCAAGCGUUAUUACGUUCAGCCAGAUCAUCAUUAUUGAAAAGAGAUGCAUUAGCAAAUAUGGGUGAUUCAACUUCUUCAAGAUCGAGUGGAAUAGAAUCAAAACGUCUUUUAAAAGAUGCUCAAAAUCGCAUAUCAACCUUAUCUGAUUCUUUGGAUAAUUCAAAUUUAUCUUCGACUUUGGGUCAAGGUGAGAAGAAACGAAGAGAAGAAAUGAUACAAGAGUUACUCGUUGAAAAAUCCAAUUUAUCAAGAAUGGCUGAAGCUGGAGUGAAAACUACUUUCAACUCAACAUCGAACUCAAACGCAAACUCAGGCUCGAAUCCUAAUUCAGCAUUUUCGUCACAUACAUCAUCUGCUUUCGCUCCCUCUGCAAACGGAGGAGGAGGAAGUGGAGGAUCAAUCAAUUCUAUACCUGGUGGAUUCCCUCAUCAAGGUAGAGUAUUCGGUGUCAAACCUCAAGCUCCACAGGAAACUGCCGAAACUAGACCAUUGGAUGAUAGAGGAUUACUUCAAUUGCAAUCUUCCAAAAUCGAUAAUCAAGAUGAUCAAUUAAAGGAAUUAUCUCAAAUCUUACAAAGACAAAAGAAAAUGGGUGAAGAGAUACAUCAGGAAAUUGGCCAACAGAAUGAAUUACUUGAUGAUAUUGAAUCUGGCGUGGAUAAGACAGGAAGGAAAUUGGGCAAGACAAAGAGGGAACUAAAUCGAUUAGGAUGA